GAAAGUCGUAACGGAAAGAGAAUGGAAAUAACGCGGGGGCAUUUCCGUAAUCUCGCGCGCUGCAGAAGAAGAAAACCUGGCAUCAGAAGCGUUGCGCAACAAUCUUUCGUCUGAAACGCAUUCUUUUCUCCCACGCACACAAACGAACCAAGGUUCUUCUACCUUGCGAUCAGAUCGCACAAUUUUUGGAACCCUAAUCUACUGCAUUUCGCUCGGGACAUUCGUGAGAAUCGCAGCCAACACUCUCUGCGAAUCGAAUCCUCGUCGUCGUCACGUCGAUCAUCUUGUCGACUGAGAUAUUAACCCUAAACGUUUUUUAUGGCUAUGACCGGUAACCAUUCCCCUCGCCAUUCCUCCGAUAACCACCAACCGCGCCGCGCCGCGCGCCUGACUGCUUCUUCGCCGUGGAACCAAGUUGUGCGCGGCGAAUCGGAGCCCGUUGCGGUGCCUCCGUCGUCAUCUCCCGCCGCGCCGUAUCAGGUGACGGAGGCUUUCCAUUCCACUGUCUCGACGGCGGACGAUUUUAGCUCCGCCGUGGAGAGUUCGGACAAUGGCGGCGCAGCGAAGAGGCCUGUUUGGAACAAGCCUUCUCCUAAUGGCGCGGCGGCUUCCGAGGCCCAGCCGGUGAUUGACGCGCUUUCGUGGCCGGCGUUGUCGGUGUCAACAAGAGCUGCAAUGAAAUCGGAAUCGGCGAAGGGUUUGUUGGAUGGAUCUUCUGUGCCACAGUUGCAGGUUUUGGGAAGUGCGUCUUCUUCCUCCUCUCUUCAGAGGGAAGUCAGUGAUAAUACAAGCACCGAGAGUACCAACAGUGUGGCGUCAACUCGGCAGAAAUCAGUGAAAAAUCACAGUUCAAAUGCGUCUUCGAAUGGUGGCCAGUCACCCCAGGCUUCGGUAGCUGCAACUGGGUCCCAUAACUCCUCUCCAAAGGACCACACACAGAGAGGUGGUUUUGUGUCCAAUGAUCAUCCGCAGCAGCGUAAUUCGUUUAGAAAUCGAAAUGGUGGUCCACAUCAGCGCGGAGAUGGUUCUCACCAUCAUAACUAUGGGAACAGGCGCCAAGAAUGGAAUAAUAAUAGAAGUUUCGGAAGUAGAGAUACCAAUGUCCCUCCACGAGUUGUUCCAAGAUUUAUACGGCCACCUCCGCCUCCUAACUCUACUCAAUUUUUUCAUCCAUCACCAAUGCGGCCUUUUGGUGGCCAUAUUGGAUUCCAUGAACUGUCACCUCCGGUGGUGUUUGUUGCAGCUCCACCUCCACCCCCAGAUUCACUGAGAAGUGUUCCUUUUGUGCCUCCCAUGCCACAUCAUCCCCUGUUCUUUACAGGUCCUGACCCUCAGUUGCAAAAUAAGAUAGUCACCCAGAUUGACUACUAUUUUAGUAAUGAGAAUUUAAUUAAAGAUACGUUCUUGCGGCAGAACAUGGAUGACCAGGGCUGGGUUCCCAUUAAAUUAAUUGCAGGCUUCAACAAAGUUAUGUAUUUGACUGACAAUAUCCAGAUGAUAUUAGAGGCUGUUCGAAAUUCAUCUGCUGUUGAGGUGCAGGGUGACAAAAUAAGGAGACGAAAUGAUUGGAGGAGAUGGCUCAUGCCUCCUGUUCAGUUUUCUAAUGCUACAACCCCUGGAGAGUCGAAUCCGGACAUACUGGCUGAACAAGUACACAAUAUUGCUUUGGAGACUAGUAACUAUGAUGGUCCAGGAGCACUAGAGGUUCUACAUGAUACUUCACAACAACAUAGAUCUACAUUUGGGGAUUUGAGUAGUCCAUUGCAGCUCUCCACUGGUGAGGGUACUGGUCAAGUUGGAAUUCAAGGUUCACUUCACUCCAUUCCAGCAAGAAAUUAGAGUUUUAGACGUGCAUUAGCACUUUGUGUGUUUUUGAAGAGCUCAUAUUAAGAGGGACACGUGAAGCAGGAUUCUAAGAAUGGUCUAAGUCUUUACUUAUGGCACAAUGGGAAAUGAUUGCUCGAGGCAUAUUUAGGAUAAAUAUGAUUGAGAAACGGAAGAAAAAUACAUCGUAUAAAACAGAAAACACGGUAACAGCUCCCUCUCCCCUCAGCAAAAGUACAGAAAAGACUUUUCUUUUUAUUUAAUGUUUAUUUUUGUUUAUGGAGCUAGAUGCACGACUUUUGUGAAUACUAAAUUUCUUUAUGGGUAUAAUGUUGUCACUCUUACGGGGGGAAAUAUUUGCUUUAAUAUGGGGAAUUUUUGUCUGUGUUCCCGACUGCCCCUCAGCUGCUUUUUAAAAUCUCUGGGUCAGCUUUGCCACCACCACCAGUAUCGGGAGCAUGUGCACGUGUGUUGAAUGUGUUUGAUAGCCACCUGCUGCCGCUGAUGGAAGAGCAAAUAUAGCUUUCUGCCGCUGGAGCUGCUACUAAGUGUGAUUGCUUUAUGUCACUUGCCAUAAUAUCUUCCGUUUCAUCAUAUCUGCUCUAUGACAUUGGUAUUUAUAUUUUUGUGUCUGUUUAAAUUCUGCCAAAAUUCCGAACCCGUAAGUGGUCCCUGUGGGGUCAUUUAAGAUUUUAAUUAUACAGGUUACAGCUGUAUAAGGAGAUAUUAUAUUUCUGUUUAGAUUUAUGAUAUGAAGUUGCAUGGAUUCUGAACAUA